AUGACGGAUGUUAUGCAAAAUAAUGAUGGAUUCAAAAGGCCGUCGAUACCUUUGGCUAUUGUUGGACCGAAAAAGCCACGCUUAGAAGUUAUUUCGAGUGGACGACCACAAUCCAUCCCACGUACAUCACACUUGAUGGCACCUAUAAUGCUACUUACUGGUCAUGAUGGUGAAAUUUAUACGGCUAAGUUUAGCCCGGAUGGGAGUUGUUUGGCAUCAGCUGGUUUUGACAUGAUUGUUUUUUUAUGGAAUGUGUAUGGUGAAUGUGAAAAUUUUUCAACCUUAAAAGGGCAUGCAGGUGCAAUAAUGGAUCUUCAUUUCAGUACUGAUGCAAGUUACCUGUUUACGGCAUCAACAGAUAAGACAGUACGUGUUUGGGAUAUGGAUACAGGAACAUGUGUUAGAAAGUUCAAAUCCCAUAAGGAUAUUGUAAACAGUUGCCAUCCUGCACGGCGUGGGCCACAACUUGUUGCUAGUGGUUCCGAUGAUUGUACUGUACUUAUUCACGAUAUACGUAGACGAGAUCCCGUAACUACUUUACAAAAUGCAUACCAGAUUACAGCUGUAACUUUUAAUGACACAGCUGAGCAAGUCAUUGGAGGAGGAAUCGAUAACGAUAUUAAGGUAUGGGAUUUGCGACGAAAUGAACUGGCAUAUGUAAUGCGUGGUCAUACUGACACGGUUACUGGUUUAUCAUUAAGUCCGGAAGGAACACAUGUCCUCUCGAAUGCAAUGGAUUGCAGUUCGAAAAUCUGGGAUAUUAGACCGUUUGCACCGGAACAGCGAUGCGUGAAAUCGUUUGCUGGACAUCAGCAUAACUUUGAAAAGAAUCUGUUGAAAUGCGCCUGGUCGCCUGAUAAUCAUCGUAUUAGCUGCGGUUCCAGCGAUCGCUAUGUUUACGUUUGGGAUGUCUCAUCGCGGCGAGUACUUUACAAAUUGCCUGGCCAUCAAGGAUCGAAUAACAUGAGUAGGAAAAUUGGCGUCCUUAAACAAAAUGCCAAAGUAUUCAUUUCACGAUCGCAAAAUAUCUUCGAGAAUUUAGCAUUUGAGGAAUGGUUGCUCCGAAAUUAUAAAUCCGAUGAGGAAGAUGAAUCAUUGUUAAUUUGGAGCAACAAACCAGCAGUAGUUAUUGGACGACAUCAGAAUCCAUGGCUAGAAGCGGAUUUGAACUAUCUAAAAUCUAACAAUAUCGAAUUAGCUAGACGUCAUAGUGGUGGUGGAGCUGUUUACCACGAUUUGGGUAAUCUUAAUAUAUCCAUAUUGACAUCACAACAAAGGCAUGAUAGAAAAACAAAUUUACGCAUGAUAGCUGAAGCACUCAGCCAAGAAUUCAAUAUCAAAGUAGAGCCGAAUAAUCGCGAUGAUCUAUGGCUGCAACCUGGCCAACGGAAAAUCUCUGGAACAGCAGCACGAAUUGUUCGUCAAGUAGCCUAUCAUCAUUUGACAUUACUUGUAAAUGUUGAUAUUGCUAUUUUAAAACGUUCUUUAUCGUCUCCUUUUCGCGAAACAAUAUUAACAAAUGCUACUCGAAGUGUACGAGCACCAUCGGUUGGCUAUUUAUCCCAUGAAAUUCCUAAUAUUACAGUUGAAAAAGUGCAAAAUGUUGUUAUGGAAUCAUUCAAGAAACAAUAUUUGCAUACCGAAGUAAUUACGUUAUCAAACGUAACAAAUAACGAGCAAUUUCCGGGUGUACUGGAAUGCGAAAAAGAGUUACGAAACUGGGAAUGGAUUUAUGGAAGAACACCACAAUUCACUCUACCACUUUACGGCGAUCGAAUACGAGUGGAACAUGGUAUAAUCACUCAAAGUUUGAAGAAUCAAAAAUUGAUGGGUAAACGACUGUUGGAAAAUGUAGCACACACCUAUUUAGGUUUUGCUGUUAAACCUAUUUUUGCAAUUGACACAAGCAAAUACCUGGCCGAAAUGAAGGCUUAUUUAUGUGAAAUUCCUGAAGGUUACGAUCCGAAACUUAUUGCCUUAAAUGCUACCGUAGUUGCUGCUCUUUUCGGUGCUUUAAUCUAUCCAUUUUAUGCGUACUUGAUAAUGUAA